AUGGCAUCUCAUUUGAGCACUAAAGAUCGAUUACUAUCGAUAAUAGACGAUAUGGAACUUAUUGCAAAAGAGAUAAUAGAAGUAUCUAUUGCACCAAAAUCGCAAAAAUUAUCAGCCGCCGAUCAUGCACAGUUAACAGAUUUAUUACUAUCUAAAGACGUUGAAUUAAAAAAAACUUUAGAGUUAGCAGAUGAACAAGCAAAAAUACAACAAAAAAUGAAUGAGUUGAAAGCUGAAGUCGAUAAUAAGGAUCAAGACAUACAUCAUUUACAAAGACAGUUAAAAGAUGCUGAGCAAAUCUUAGCUACAUCUUUAUAUCAAGCAAGACAAAAGCUUGCUUCUAUUGUUAAAUCAAGGAAAAGACCUGUCCCAUCAGAAGAGCUGAUAAAAUUUGCACACAGAAUAAGUGCAUCAAAUGCUGUAAGUGCACCUCUCUCCUGGCAGCCUGGAGAUCCAAGACGUCCUUAUCCUACUGACUUGGAAAUGAGACUGGGAAUGCUUGGGCGGCUAUGUGAUCUACCACUCAAUGGCCACACACCUUCCACUUUGAAUGACUUACAUCGAAUAACCACAGGAGGAGUCCCAGCAUCUGCCCCAAAUCAGUUCACAUGGCAUCCAUCAGGCGAGCUACAUAUGGCUGUUGGUGGUGGUAAUUCUGUAGCUAUAGAUGGCCGUGGGAAAGAUGCACCCACACAGGAAGAUGUCGAAGUUAUGUCCACUGACUCAAGUUCAAGCUCGAGCAGUGACUCACAA